GAACUCUCUCUCAGGCUCAGAUGCUGUGUGACUGUGAGUGAGUGCAUCGGUGAGCCUCUGUAUUGUGUUUUGAGGAUUUGGGCUUAAAUAUUCAAAAUGGCGGACGGAGGAGCAGCGAGUCAAGAUGAGAGUUCAGGACCAGAUUCUAAAAUGAGUAAUCCAUCGGAAACAAGUAAAUGUGCAAUGGAGAGCGGGGAUGAAAACACUGGUGCCCAAACAAAUGGACUGGACUUUCACAGGCAGACUGUGCAAACAACAAACGCAAUCACCAACGCACACGCACAGGCCUUGCUCCAACAGUUGACUUUGACUCCGGCGCAGCAGCAGUUAUUGCUGCAGCAGGCUCAGGCUCAGCUCUUAGCAGCAGCGGUGCAGCAUUCAGCCGGCCAGCAGAGCAGCACUACAGGAGCCAGCAUCUCUGCCUCCGCUGCCACCCCCAUCACCCAGAUCCCCCUCUCUCAACCCAUCCACAUCACACCUCAGUUACAGCAGCUGCAACAGCAGCAGAACCUCAACCUGCAGCAGUUUGUGCUGGUCCAGCCGGGCCACCACAUCGCAACACAGCUGCAGCCCGCGCAGUUCAUCAUCUCGCAGACACCACAGGGUCAGCAGAGUCUCCUACAGGCCCAGAACCUUCUAACUCAACUACCUCAAAGCCAAGCCAACCUCCUGCAGACCCAGCCAAGCAUCACACUUGCCACACAGCCUGCUACACCCACACGCACGAUAGCAGCGACCCCCAUCCAAUCCCUUCCUCACAGCCAGACGACACCAAAGCACAUCGACACACCCAGCCUGGAGGAGCCCAGCGACCUGGAGGAGCUAGAGCAGUUUGCCAAGACCUUCAAACAGAGACGCAUCAAACUGGGCUUCACGCAGGGGGAUGUUGGCCUUGCCAUGGGAAAACUCUAUGGAAAUGACUUCAGCCAAACCACCAUUUCUCGCUUUGAGGCCUUGAACCUGAGCUUUAAAAACAUGUGCAAACUGAAGCCUCUGCUUGAAAAAUGGCUUAAUGAUGCAGAGAACCAGACGGCUGACCAGGCCCUGUCCAGUCCCAGCUCUCUUGGCUCACCUGGGCUGGGCAUGGAGGGCUUGAACCGCCGCCGCAAGAAGAGGACCAGCAUUGAGACCAACAUCAGAGUGGCCUUAGAGAAGAGCUUUCUGGAGAAUCCAAAACCUACCUCUGAGGAGAUCACCAUGAUCGCGGACCAGCUCAACAUGGAGAAAGAGGUGAUCCGAGUGUGGUUCUGUAACCGCAGACAGAAAGAGAAGAGGAUCAACCCACCCAGCAGUGGCAGUGCCAUCAGCACUCCUAUCAAAGCAAUCUUCUCUCCCACCACACCUCUGGCACCGAGUACAGCAAGUCUUGUGACCAGUAACACUCUCACCAGCACUAGUGUCUCCAGCGUCGGUUUCACUGGCACAAGUAUUGGCUCGGCUAGCACUAACACUGCAUCAGUCAUCUCCACUGCACCCGUGAUCACCACCGCAGCAUCCUCUCCUUCGCUCAGCCCUUCUCCCAACGCAGUGCAGACGUCCUCCUCCGAGCACACUUCAGUUCAGGAGAUGGUGACGGCAGUAAGUCAGGCGCCUUCCUCCCUGGCGGCAACUCUGGGCACUGGGCAGGUGAUGGUGGCUGGGCCCAGCCUUUCAGCGGCACUGCAAGGAGCCACCCAGCUGCCCACCAGCGCCAGCAUCGCUGCCAUGGCUGCAGCCGCAGGCCUCAAUCCUGGGCUCAUGGCGUCUUCGCAGUUCACUCCUGGCGGGGCUUUUCUAAGUUUGGCACCCGGUGGUCUCGGAAGCGCUUUGAGUCCAGCACUGAUGAGCAACAGCACCUUGGCCACAAUCCAAGCUCUGGCAUCUAGUGGCAGUCUGCCCAUUACGUCUCUGGAUGGGAGCGGGAACUUUCUGUUUGCCAACACCAGCGCCGGCAGCACCCCUAACCUGGUGACGGCUCCGCUCUUUCUGAACCCUCAGAACUUGUCACUGCUCGCCAGUAACCCGGUCAGCCUGGUGUCUGCAGGAGGGGCCGCGGGGGCCGGAGCCCUCAACCUGCACAUCACCGCCGAUGCCCACCAGAGCGUUGUCACUACAGCAACUAUGCCCGCCUCCACCAUCACCACGGCCUCUAAGGCCCAGUGAAAGCUUUACCCACUCCUCCUCUCUUCUAGACCCCUUUCCUUUAGUUUUCUUUAAUCUCUUGCUACCACCAAAAACAACCUUUUGAAUAGGAUUUAAUGUCGUUUUAACGUUAUUUUAAUGUUUGAGUUUGUAUGUUCUAACUUAACACCUUAAUCUGCGAUGUUUGGACCUCACUGAUGGGUUGACUUCAUUCAAAUCAACCGUAAGCGAAUGUUGGCGUCUCCACAGAGCUUGCAUCAGGAGAGCAGAAACCUCCCUGGACAUUGUGCCAAGUCUCUGUGCAACGCAAAGACAUAUUCGUUUCAGCGAACUCGCUCUUUUCUCCCAUUUUCACACGAAACCUCUUCUUCAGAGGUAUUUCUGAAAUGCUUUUAACCAAAAAACUUUGUUUACUCUGUGUUGAAUGAAACCUUCUUACUGCUGACAGUAACCUCUUCUUCCUCACUGUAGAAAAAUGUUCUGUCUAUGAUUUCACUGGAGAUCCUGCUUUACAGACGCUCCUGUCCCCGUGGAACUUUUCCUUUUUAGAUGCACAUGAUAUAUUUUUAUUUAGCUUUGUGUCCAGUAUCUUACUAACUUGUGGUUACAAGGCUUUAAAUGGAGUAAUACGCGGCUGUAAUGCUGUUUCAUUGCUUUAAGGAAUCGUUCGACUGGCCUUUCUUUCUAGUGAAACUUCAGAUAUUGUUUUCAUAUCUUUUCGUAGUUUCAGUAGCAGAAGACUAGUCUGGGUCUGAAUCCUCACCCAGUAACGGGCUCAAUUAAUAUACUAAAAGCUUUAACGAAUUAUGAAAUGAUUCGUCAAUGAGGAGUUGUUCAGCGUGGGCAAAAGUAACUGAGCAGUACCAUCUACUUUAAAGCUUCAGUAACAGAGCUGGCGACGUUAGCUUCAGGACUAUAUAACCACGUAAGGUUAACCUCCUCAUGGUCUUCCUAACAUGGGAUGUACUACGGUAUCACCACCUGAUUGUGAAGGUGUAGGUCAAGCGAGAUAAAGUUGAGGUGGAUGAUGUUCAAGUUUGUUUUGUUUUUUUUUAUAGGAUCUUUUAUUUUUUUUUUUUUUAUUUUUUUUUUUUUUACUUGUGCACAGUGUCUGUACCAAAAAACUGGAUUUGAGAACUGCAGUCUGCUCGGUUUUUAGCAGAACUUCUGUCACGCUUUAAGAGGUCUUUAUUUUGGAGGUCUUUGUAUUGCCUCUAUUUCAAGAUAUACCAAAAAUCUUUGUUAUACCUGUUGCUGUAUAUUGCUACUGUAGCGUAGUUUAAGCCUAAAUAUUUAUGAGCGAAGGCUCUCGGUAGACCACAGGAAAUAUAAUGCAAUAUUCUGAUCUUUUCCAAAGACGAAAACAUAGUUCUUCUGUUUUUUUUUGUGUUUUUUUUCUUUUAUUUGAGAUGGCUGUCCCUCCUCAAUUUUGUAGUGUCAGUGAAACUAACCAAAUAUAUCCGAGGUGAGAGCAGGAAGUGAUACUACAGCAAAGGACCAGUUUGAGGUUUGGGAUUGUCCUUUCUGCUGGUCAAUGAUGAGGACUUUGAGUGACAAGUGGGGGAGUUGUUUCCCAUUCUGUUCAGAUCAUUGGAAAUUUUAAACGUGAAGUAAAGUGUGUUCUUACCAGAAGAACAUUUUCCCUUCUUUGUAGUUUUAAGGUGCCAGAUUCAGUCCUCCAUAAGCUGAAAUCAGGGCCUUCUCUAAAUUUCACUCCAGCCCAUUGUGUUGGCUGUACCAUGGAGGACAGUAGUGGGGCCUGAAAAUAUCCGUUAAAAAGGGGUGAGAACGUAAUUAGGGGUUUUAGCCGGAUAGUCUGUUUCUUUUUUUCCCUACCAAUGUAAUGCAGCCAUGAUGUAAAGCUUGAACCAAAGUCGAUUUCUCACUAGCUGCUGUGCCUGUGUGGGUCAGUGCAGUGCUGACCACACUUUCACUACUCACUACUGACAAACUUUACCAUCUAUUACACUUCUUUUAAACCCUACUCCCUUGACUCGUAUUGUCCAACAGAUAUGAAGAAAUAUAGCUUUUCUAGCACAGCGCUAACUUGUUUUACCUCUCGAUAUCCGAACGUUUAAUGAUCCAAAGAGAAUCUUAAGGGCCUUGUGUUUAAGUGCUGUUGAGAUUUUGGGAGUCUGCGUUUUUUAUUUCAUUCUUUUACCUUUACGCCGAGUCUUUGUUUUGGAUGUAAUCUCAUAGGACUCAAUACCCAUGCUGCGUUUCGAUGAAUGAAUAGCAAUAGAAAUAUCAAGAGUCUGCCAAACUCUUAAUUUCAAGUCCAGAAAAACCUGUGGAAGUGCAAAAGGCUCUAAAAUGGCUUAAUUUGACAAGAAUGUGGAUUUUUAGUAUUCCACUGGUACACUGUCUAGACUUGUUGUUGAUCAUGAACAAUGGAGAACAGGAAUUCUGGGAGAAUUACAGCGCUGUUUUAUCCAUAGCAUUGCUUUUAACACUCUCACAUUUUAAUUUCUGUGAUGAAGAGGUCAGAGUCUCCCCUUACUGUCCCUUUUGUCAUUUGUUACUGUGGCCCGGUCUGUCAAUUUUUGUUUUACGACUGUUUGUUAGCGAUGCGAUGUGUGUUUUAUUGUUAAUAUGAUUUGAAAUACCUCAGCAGCACUUACAUGGAAGGUUCAUUUUAAGCAAAAGACAACAGUAGUCAGCUCCAGAAUGUACAAAAGCUGUUUCUGACAGUCCAUUUUAAAAUGACCAAUGUGUAAAACAAAACUACGAAGUAUAACAGGAAAAUCUGUAAUAAUAAUGUCACAUAAGUCUACUACUGCUAUUUCAAGUACUACUACUAUUACUACUUAAAGGGUAUGUCCAGGUUAACUUGUAAUGAAUAUUUUGUUAUCAUACUUGCCAAAGUAAAAAAAAAAAAAAAGCCUUUGUCUUUGCGGCUGGGUCUUGUUGCUGCUCAUUCCGCUGGUUCUGUCCGGAAAUUUCAACGUAGCUUCUCUGGACAUGUAGAUUUAUGUGUUGUUUUGCGCGUUAGUGUCACGACCCGGUGGUCGCCGGGACUGAGGGGAGUUACUGAUAUAUUUAUCUGAGGAAUGACUCAAAAGAUUAGAGAACUUCUUUUCUAAAUUCUAUAUAUAUCCACUUAUGUAAGAUGCUCAUAUUUUAUAUUUGAACUAAUAUCUAGUUUGAAUGUAGUGUUUUUGUCAUGCUUAUUCACUAAAAGAAAAGAAAAAAAGAGAAAAAAAAACUUCAUUUAUAUUAUAGCUAUUUAAAAAAAAAAAAAAGUAAAAAAAAAAAGUAAAGACCAAAAAUUACAACCACACCCUUGUGGUGUGGGAGUGGCUGUUGUGUGCCCUGCCCAUAUUUAAAUGUGGUUUGUUUGAGUGGGAGGGGCUUGUGAUGGUGCUCCUAAAGGCAAGCCCCAAGCUUCCGUUGAUGUAACAGACUUGAUGGCACCAAAUUAGUUUUUUUUUUUUUUUUUUUGGCUUUAGUUUUUAUGCAUUUUAUUUGCCAUGUUGCUUUUUAACAAUCUUUAACAAUCAUUUGAGUUUAAUUACUUCAUGCCUUUUUUUAUUUGUUUGUAUAUCACGAGGGAGCAACGUCACUGGCUUUCUUAGUUUGACAAAAACUUGCAUUUAUCAUUUAUGCCUUACUAUUAUUUCUGAGUUUGACACAUUGUAGCAAACUUUAAUAUGUUGAUGUGAGAGAUGAUUUUGUUUGGUUGUGAAUUUGUGUGUGUGAAAGGGGAUGCAACAGAGCAUGCACCAAUGUCAAAACUCACAUGGUGCAUAUCAACCAUGAAAAUAACGCUGUGAGUUUUAUUUGUGCUUUGUGAUAUUUUGGAAGUGUUGCUACCUA